GAAAACGAUGUAUCGUAAACAAUCACACCACCAAAUAUACCAAAUUGGCCAAGUCUAAACUCGUAAUCACAAAUACAAAUCGCAUCGCCAGAUCACUUAUCUGGAAUCUGAAUACGGGCUACGGCAUUUAUUAUAUUGUUGAGAGUUCUGAUUUUGGUUAAAGCAUACUUAAUAUUUAUAUUUGUUCUACAACUUACAAAAAAGUACACAUUAUAUUAUGGCCGGUCCUCCAACGUUCAUUGAAUUGUCACGCGAAGAACAAGCUUUGGAAUUAAGAUCAUAUUUGCGUAGUAUUGGUGCAACGUUGCAAGAAAAAAGCCCAGAAAGCAUUGAAGAUGAUAUGCUAGAAAUUAUAUCUAAGUGUGAUGCAUGCCUGAAGGCAGAUUUAUCUGAUGUCGAUAUCGAGAGUUUCUUAUGUUCGAUUGUUUCUGUUGUAAUUGGUAUUGGAACUAUGGAUGCAGAGAGCAAAUUAGUAACUUUAUUUAGUCAAAAACUAUCAAAAUCCGAGGAAGACCGCUACAGUGUCAUAAUUCUUAAAACUCUCUGGUUGUUAUAUGGUACCGUGGAUCCAAAUUUGUCAGCUCGUUUUCAGUUAUAUACAGAUAUAAUUGAAGUUGCAAAACGUACUAAGCAACUUUUAUUAGUCUAUGAAGGGGUAGAGAAAUUGAAUAAAUCCCUUCUUUCUAUAACACAUACAAAAAAGCAAAAACAAACACUUCUUAGACAGUUGCAUGGUGCAUUGAUUGAAAAUGGCCAUAGUGAACUGGCAGCAGAAGUUAUGGUUGAGCUCCUUCGGAAUUAUACUGCCGAUGAUGGAAAACAAGCUAAAGAUGAUGCUAAAAGAUGUAUUGUUUCCGCUAUUGCUGAUCCAAAAACAUUUUUAUUUGAACCAUUACUGAGUUUGACUCCUGUUGUAGCCUUACAAAAUACACCGCUUUAUGAACUGUUGAAUAUAUUUGUUUCUGGUAGCUUAACAAACUACUUGGAUUUCUACAAAGGCCACAAAGAUUUAAUAAAAUCUUUAGGAUUGGAUCAUCAAGCUAACAUUCAUAAAAUGAAACUUUUAACUGUAAUGAGUUUAGCUGAAGAUAAUAGCAUUAUAUCAUUUGAAACUAUACAACAGCAAGUGCAAAUUACUGUGGAUCAAGUUGAACCAUUUUUACUUGAACUUUUUGGAACCAAGCUGGUAAGAGGACGUAUGGAUCAGGCUGCAAAAAAAGUUAAUAUUUCAAGCACCAUGUACCGUACAUUUAGUAAACAAAGUUGGCAAAUGUUAAGGGACUCAUUCUAUAGCUGGAGAUCUUGUCUUAGUGUUAUUGAAGAAGGAAUGAAAACUGUCGUGUCAAAUUCUCAAACAGCAAUUUAAAAAAAUAACGUAGACCGUGUCUAAUUAUAAACAAAUUUUUUAUUUUUUCCAGAAAUAAAAUAAACCUUAUUUUAUAAAAUUAUUAUAAAUAUUGGUGUUUCAGUCACAAUAUCACACAGAUAAUAAAUUGCUUAUAUGAUCUAUACACAAA